AUGCCGAUCGCAGAUCUUGAACUCGUCGUCAAAAGGGAAAUUGUUCCCAGUUCGGCAAUCACUAGCCUGCCCGUGAUCGCGCCUGCACCAAUACCAGGCAAUUUUGGUCCGCUGAAUACGAAAAAUUUUCGAUUUCUUCUCGAAGAGCGGGCACACAUUCUGCCUCUGGGGGAGAAUUGGAACACGGACAAGCCUUUCAUUCACACAUAUCGUUAUCCUGGCGGCGGGCAGUGUACCCUUGCCAUCGGCGACGUCGUGCAAUACUACCCACUCUUUAAAGGAUACGCUCCCACUUCAUACACACCCCACGCAGACCAUUCGUGGGUCGGCAUACUCGCCGAUUACACAGUAUUGAAGCCUGGAAGGAAGGUUGUGAAAGAUGACAUUGACGAUAUUGGCAAGUAUGUAGAGGUCCCAGAAGGGGCUGUCGAGAACAUCGGACUAUUGAGGUUAUAUAGUCUGGCUGAGCUCAAGGACAUCUACCAGGGCAAGGCUGGGGACGACAAGCUGCCCUGGAAGGGUGCCAACAUUUUGGGAGAGCUGGUUCGAUCAACAAACCUUGGUCCACGCGACCGCCUGCUCUCUACAAAUAUCGAGGGGCUGACGCUGUCGGGCGUCAUUCGCCCCAUCUCCACAACCCACGUCGGGAUACACGCUGGCGGGGGAGGCACCGUUGUCAUCCGCUUCGAUCAGCCUUGGCUUAUCUUCCAUCAAGCCGGUAAGAAAAGAGAUCGCACUGGGAAGUGCAAGGGCCCGUACGUCUCUCGGCAGCGGGUUAAGGUAGAUCUCUCCUCCAUCGAAGGUGACGGCCCCGACGUCGAGGCAGAAGAUUACUGA